AUGUCUGAUGAGUGUGAUCUGUGUCUGCUGGGACUGAUCUUUCUCUCCUCACUUCUCACAGGUAUCAGUGGAGUGGAUGACGCUCAUGUGUUUAUCAGCUCUGGUCAAAAUGUCCGUCUGUCCUGUAAUAAUGCUCUUCCUGACUGCAAAUCAACUACAUGGAACUAUAACAGAUUCAGAGAUUCAGCAGCAGUUGAACUGAUCGGUUUAGGGAUAAAGAAGAAAGACACAGAGAGUCAUGAGAGACUGAGUUUGGGGUCUGACUGCUCUCUGAACAUCAACAACAUCACAAAACAAGAUUAUGGAUUUUACAUCUGCCGUCAAUAUGUGAAUGACAAACAACAAGGAACUGAUACUUAUGUUUAUCUGCAUGUUCUUCAUGUCUCUUCAUCUUCAUCAUCCUCACAGACUGAGAUCAGUGCAGGCCGCUCUGUGACUCUCUUCUGUCAGUUGUAUUCCCUUGCUUGUGAUGAUUGGAUCCGUUCUGAGAGAAUUGAGCUGUUCUGGGUGAAUCAGGCUGGUGUCAAACUGACGAGAUCAGACUCCAGAUAUCAGAUAUUAUUCUCAUCAGAUCACUGUAUCAUCACUCUGAAUACAACACUCCUGAAUGAAGAUCACAACAGAGAGUGGAGAUGUGAAGUUACUCGGAGAGAUCAAGUCAAGAGCUCAGUCACAUACACUGUCAAGAGUUCAGCAGAAACUGAAGUCAGAAGGACUGCUGGAUCAUUAUUCAGAGUGAUUGUGAUUAUUGUUAAGUUUGCAGCAUUUGCUGCUCCUACUGUGAUUCUUCUUCAGAUCAUCUGUGCAAGAAGAGCUGGGAGGAAGGAUUCGCAGCACCAGAGGAAAUAGUGAUGAAUACAAUAUUAGAAUAAAUACUCGCUACAAAUAACAAAUUACAG